AUGCCUGUUAUCCCAGAACCCUCCGAAUUUCCCUCGGCUUCGCAGAAGGGAAAUAAAGAAGUCCAGAACAAAGUAGGCGAGCACCGAGACAAGGCAUCAGCGGCAGAUCAUCUGUCCAAGGGACCUCAAAUUCCUGAGAACAUGCCGCCUAAGGCGUCCAGAGAGGAGAUAGAAGCACGCAUGAAGGAGCUGAACAAACCGAGUAACUAA